AUGGACAAAAUACAUUCUGAAAAGAAGAGCUCUCCAAGGCCGGAGGAUCAGAGCGAUGAAGGAACGGGAAAGGUCAUUCCCCUUGAUGACAGCGAAGUUGAGCAGUUCUACGGCUCUUCAACCACGCAGUCGUACCGGCUCAAAUCGGAACUGGUGGGUAAAUGCAUGGAAGAGAUUGGUAUGGGAAGGUUCCAAUGGAAACUCUUCGUGAUUACCGGAUUUGGCUGGAUCGUGGACAACUUCGCCUCACAAGGCAUCGGCAGCGUGCAACCUCCCAUCGAGCAAGAAUUCUCCGAUAUCACCAAAAUCAGCUACAGUUCUGUUGCUUAUUACGUCGGUCUUAUCAUUGGCGCCUCGUUCUGGGGUCUCUCUAGCGACUUGAUCGGUCGUAAACCCGCAUUCAACUGCACACUCCUUAUUGCAGGUAUAUUCCUCUGUGCAACGGCCGGAGCGACGAACUUUGUCGCAUUCAGUGCUUUCUGGGCUGUCAUCGGUACUGCAGCCGGAGGGAAUGUACCUGUAGAUUCGAUGAUAUUCUUGGAGUUUGUCCCUGGAAGUCAUCAAUACCUGCUCACUGCUCUUUCUGCGUGGUGGAAUCUGGGUCAAUUGAUCGUCUCCCUACUUGCAUGGGUAUUUCUGGCCAAUUUCAGCUGUCCGACAGAUGCAACUCCAGCAACAUGCUCUCGAAGCGAGAAUAUGGGUUGGAGGUACACGAUGAUUACACUUGGAGGCCUCUCCCUCGCUUUCACCUUUAUUCGCAUGUUCCUCUUCAAGCUACCCGAGACCCCCAGAUACCUCCUAUCCCAGGGACGAGAUCAGGAUGCCGUCGAUGCCGUGAACUACGUCGCAAAACAAAACGGUAAACCCGAGCCACUCACAAUAGGCAUGCUCCGCGAGAUCGAUGCCCGAUUAGGCCUAAUAGUCAACGAAGAGGAAGUGCGCACAAAACUUUCCGUCAAAGAGAUCGUUUCCGAGAACAUGGAAGCCUUCACAGGCAAGCACUACCGUGGCCUUUUCGCAACACGGAAACUCGCACGGCAAACUAUUGUGAUUUGGGCUGUGUGGCUAACUGUUGGCAUUGCGUAUCCACUAUACUUCAAUUUUCUGCCGUCGUACCUUGCUACAAAGUUCACUUCGGAUUCCUCCCUCUACCUCACGUACCGCAAUUACUGCAUCGAAUCAGCCGUUGGAAUCGUCGGUCCCCUAUCCGCUGCUAUAUCGGUGAAUACCCGUUUAGGUCGACGCUGGAUGAUGGGUAUAUCGGCAGUAGUCACGGCCGUUUUCCUAUUUGCCUAUGUAGGCGUCAGCAACCCGACCUCCAGCUUGGCGUUCUCUUGUAUCACCGUUCUUCUAGCCAAUUUCGAAUAUGCGAUCAUGUAUGCAUUUACGCCCGAGUCAUUCCCCGCUCCUCACCGUGGAACUGGAGUAGGCACUGCUGCUGCGUUGCUGCGGUUCGGAGGUCUUGUGGCUAGUUUGAUCUCGUCACAGACGGGAUUCACCAGUGCACCCAUUUAUGCUAGUGCUGCUCUGUGGGUUCUUGUUGGUGUUUAUUGUCUUGGUAUACCGUAUGAGACACAUGGACAUGAUGCCUUGUAG